CUUCAUCCUACUUACAACGACUCGGAGUUGAUCAAGUUUUUGCCUCCCUCCCUUGAAAGCAAAACUUCGCACCUUCCCUUCCUCCCUGCAUUCAAGACAGGCACAAUCCACGACCACACUUUGUUAUCUCCACCGAGUUUUUGAGUUUUGUCAUCAAUGGCACCGUCAAUUAUCGCAGAUCUUGUUGAAUCUGUUGGGCAGUCAGCAGAGAAGCUCACCGGAAACGGAAGCGACUCGGGCUCUGGCAACAUGAACACAUCCAUGGUCAAGUCCAAGUUCCUCUCGCACCCUGAAGACCUCGGCGUGGUCGCCGUCGGGUUCUCUGGGGGCCAGUGCAAACCAGGCGUCGACGCCGCCCCCUCGGCCCUGAUCGAGUCGGGCCUCCUGACGCAGCUCCGCGACGAGCUGGGCUACAAGCUGCACGGGCACGACACGGUGCACCUGUACGCGGACUCGGUGCCGGCGUCGGACCCGCCGUACCGGGGGAUGAAGAACCCGCGGGCCGUGUCGGCGGUGACGCGGCGGAUCGCGGGGCAGGUGUACGAGCACGCGCGCGAGGGCCGCAUGGUGCUGACGCUGGGCGGCGACCACAGCAUCGCCAUCGGCACGGUGGCCGGCACGGCGAGGGCGGUGCGCGAGCGGCUCGGCAGGGAGGUGGCGGUCGUGUGGGUCGACGCGCACGCAGACAUCAACACGCCCGAGACGAGCGGGAGCGGAAACGUGCACGGCAUGCCCGUCAGCUUCCUGACGGGGCUGGCGAGGGAGGACAAGGAGGAGUUCUUUGGAUGGCUCGGCGACGAGAACCGCGUCAGCGUCAGGAAGCUGGUGUACAUCGGCCUGAGGGACGUCGAUGCGGCCGAGAAGAGGAUCCUAAGGGAGAAUGGCAUCAAGGCGUUUAGCAUGUUUGACAUUGACCGACACGGCAUCGGGCGGGUGAUGGAGAUGGCGCUGGCGCACAUCGGCAGCGACACGCCGAUCCACCUGUCGUUCGACGUGGACGCGCUGGACCCGAUGUGGGCGCCGUCGACGGGGACGCCCGUGAGGGGCGGCCUGACGCUGCGCGAGGGCGACUACAUCUGCGAGUGCGCCCACCAGACGGGCAGCCUCGUCGCCGUCGACCUCGUCGAGGUCAACCCCAGCCUCGCCUCGGCCAACGACGUGGGCGCCCACGAGACCGUCAGGGCCGGCUGCUCCAUCGUCCGGUGCGCACUGGGUGAGAGCUUGCUGUGAGGUUCCUUUCUUGGGGGUGGGUGGCCUGGAGGCGCGAAGAUGGGGCUUGGGGAGCCGGGAGCGCGGUUGGGGUUAUUAGCUUCUUACAUAGAUGGUAACGGAAAAUAUACGUAUC